UACAAAUCCAAAGGUCCACGUGAGGGCCAAGGUCACCCGCAUCUCUUCCCCCCCCCUUCUCACUUCUGCGGAACCCAACUUCCUUGAAAUUGUGAAGUCCGGGGAUAUCAUUCCACUUUCAAUACAUUUAGUCUUGACCUCUUUUGUUUGAUUUUAGAGAUUUCCGCGACCAUGUUUGAGCGUCGUGCAGGGGAUCGUUAUCGCCUUCGAAUGCACCGAGCCCGUUCGGCCGUGCUGACCUCAGAUGAAAUGGUGGAGGUGCGUGCGGCCCAACGCACCUUCGAGGGGGCUUAUGUCCGAACCGCUCUUUCUCAGUUCUCCUUCGCCCUCGUCGUACUCAAGAUUUUCACCGCCGAGUUCUACAGUAUUGGGGCUCUGUUCGCGAUAUACGGUACGGGUGUUCUCAUCAUCGGACUUUUCCGCCGCUCGCAGGGAAACAAACAGUUCUUCUCUGAAGUAGGGGAGGAUGGGAUCCAUCGGCACAAAUUCCGUACCAGUGGAAAUGCGGUCUUGGUCUUGACAGCACUGAGUAUUGCGGCAUACGCAUGCUUGAUUGGCUUGACCUUGAACUUGAGCAACUGAUAAGGAACAUUCUGCGCGGAUGGUUGCACGCGAUCCACACACCGUAUCCAAUAUCCCUGGAGGCCAUCUUCUAGGCAUGCUAUCUGUGAUACCCCCCUGCGUUACCGCCAAGCGCCAAGGAUUCCGCACCUGACGGGAAUAUGGGUUACCAUUUUCGGGGCUUACGGCAGCGGAGAUCAAUGUGCAGCAACGGACGCAUACAGUUGGUCGGAGAUCAAUCUGUUGUGUCGAGGACCGAAGGUCGCCAAGGAAGCCGAGUAUGGAUCAGCCCGAGCGGUGAGACUCAGGUCACACAAGGUGUUCCAAUAAUUAUUGUUUGAUCCACUGGAGGCUGAGUUCAAUUCUAAAUAUGGAGUAUUUAUGUGUACUUUUGUUGAGCCGGGCAUAUCUGGAAUCAAUU